GAGUAGUACUUGCUGAGAACACCCCCCCAACUUCUUUUUUCUUUCUUUCUUUUCCUUUGAAAUUCUCUUUUCCAACAACAACAACAACAACAACAACAACAACCCAUAAGUCUAAGAAAAAAUCGAUUAUAUAUUGAACUGCUGUUCUUUUUCCACCCCCAUUCAAUUAUCUUCUCUCUCUUCCACUAUCUGACUCAACACUACUAAAACACUCAAAACCAACACUCUUCAACCCUCCACGCGCUCGAAUGGACAAGACACUUUCUGACUAUGACCAAAGUCUUGAAGAGCUGGAGCGGCAACGGGAGCAUCUCGAACUUGUAAUGAAAAAGAUGGGUCAAGAAUGGGAAGAAAGUGGUGCAGGCAUUGGUUGGAUGGGUUCAUUGGAACAAAUCCAAGCAGCAGCAGCAGCAGCGGACUCUUCAGACGCAUCGCCUUCGAAGAACGUGUUACAGCCACUGGAUAACGACGCUUCUAAUGACCAGCACCCUGUUGCUCUCGAUCAAUCGCAACAUGAACAAAUAUGCGAUCCAUACCCGACGACACCACUUUCACCUGAAUCUCAACUUGGCUCUGAGGGUGGGUUAGUGACAGCAGAUAAGCUGCAACAACAACAACAACAACAACAGCAACAACAGCAGCAGUCGUUACACUUGUUGAUGCAACAAGCAUCGCCGACCAGUGGACCUUCACCCGAUUAUCUCCAAUCAUUACUCAAUGUCAAUGAGGCGCUGCUGGCACAGAGCCUGACGACGGUGAACAAUAACAACAUGCCCAGCAGUAGUAACGUUGAACAACAGUCCAAUAACAACAACGGCGACUUGCAGCUUGUCGGUAUGCCGUCACUACAAGGACCUGCUUCUUUGGAUGGGAGCGACGCAACGGCAUCCAUCAUGUCACCACCCGUGACGCCAGAGGAGUAUUCUGCUGUCCGUGCGUCUUGCCUAAGCAGGAGUACUUCUUUGGCGAAAAGCGCUGUGCGCCCAUCAACUACUACCGCUACUACUACUAUAACGGUUACGCCUAAUAUUCCUACUGCAUCAUCAUCAGCAUCUUCUUCUUCUUCUUCUUCUUCAGCUCAACAAUAACAAACAUGCAACACCAUGAUCCUCUACAACAACAACAAAAAAAAAGCAAGCAAUUAUUCUUUUCUCCAUUCAUUAUACACACACACGCACCCCAUUAACGUUUUUUUCCAAGAAAAAAUGUUGAUAUCCCCUCCCCUCCCUCCCCUUUCACACUUUUAUGGCAUGCAAUUAUUUCU